CGCGACGACCACCACGACGACCAUUCCGCCGGUUUAUGACCAGUCGCUGUUCCGGCUGCCGGUGGAAAUGAUCAAAAACCCAGCCGGGAUAACCAAUGCGGCACAGCGAGCGCUUUGCUCGACGGCAAAUUACACGAUGAGCGGGCACAGCAUCGUUGAAAGUGAGGCGUUGACUUUGAAGUUGGAAAAUUGCACCAUCGGCGCCGGCGUCGCCUACGGUGUGCAAUUUUACGUGGAAGACGAAAACAGCAAUAACGACGGGCAGCAGUACUAUCUGAAGGCGAUCACACCCGUUAGCAACAGCUUCACGAUCAACCCCUACCCGACGACCGAUAUUUCCGCGAAUGGGCUGGAUUUGCGGAUCGGGGUCACGCUGCUCGGGACGAAUGGCGGGAAGAUCUGGAUGUUUAUCGUGAACGAACAAACGCAUUUGGCCGGUCUGGCGAACACCGUCACGGGCGCAAAAGCGUUGACCGGCGCGCAGGGCAGCAGCAAUUGUCAAAGACAAGCGGAACUGAUUUCCGACACGUUGAUCCAGCUGGUCGGCUGCAGCUUGAGGAAGGGGGAGACGCACUACGUCUAUGCGUACGUGGAAGACAGUAAUGAUAACUCCGAUGGGACUCUCGCGCCCCCUCUCGCAAUCUACGUCCCGGCGUCGAAUGUCUUCACCGUCCCCUGCUACUUGAAGUCCACGCCGGUCGAGGACGGUGUGAAGUUCACGUUCACCGCCAGCGAGGCGACGGGGAAGCUAUAUGCGGCAGCGAUUUCCAAGAUCGACUACGAGUUGCGCUUGGCGAACACGUCGAUGUUGAAUACCACGAGCUCGUUGGCGGAAACCGUCGUGGAUUUGGCAAGCUACGGGGACAGCAAUUGGUACAACUUCGCCGGCUGCUGGGUCAACUUCGUCACGAUCAGCGGCUCAGGGACGACCUCGACCACCGGGCAAGUGACCACGUGCAACUUCCAGCCGUUCACCGACUACAAACUCCUGGUCUACAUCGAGGCGGACCAUGCGUCGCCGGCGGUCGCGGUCACCGACGGCAGUCUCGCGAUCCUGGACGUGAACAUCGGCCCGAAAACGAGAUCGAACUGGUUCACCGCGAACCCGUUGGUCGACACGCAAUUCGCCGGCUACAGCUACGACAAAGUGUACUUCUCCAUCGGCACGUUCGCGGAAGCGGGUUACAUUUACGCGAUUGUGAUCAGUGAGGACGCGAUCACUUCCGUCACGACGGUGAACGAGGUCAAGUCGGGGAAGUUUUCCCACGGUGGGCGGGAGUGCAAGCUGAACCGCGCGCAGCACUUUUCCUACACGCAGAACCAGCCGAACGUGCAGCCGGACUACUUCACGCACAUCCUGCGGGAGUGCGAACUGGUGAUGGAGAGGUCGUACUACUUGGUGGUGUACAUCGAGGACUUGACCGAGAACAACGACGGGACGAUCGCGUCCGUGCGGUUCACGGUCCCGGUCACGACGUUGCCGUACGAGGCCGACCCGCUGGUCCUGAAGGGCACGGACCGGCAGUUCCAGAACGUCGUGCCCGGCGCCCGGCACUACUACCACGUCCGAGGCGUGAACGCCGCGGGGGUGGGAAUGGCGUCGGGGAAAUCCGAUUCCUUCUACAACGCGGCGCCACCCUCGACCCCGCUCCCGCCCGUCGCGACCCAUGUCACCCGGACGAGCGUGAAUCUGAAGUGGGAGCCGCCGUACAGCGGGGGGUUGCCGGUGGUCUACUAUGUGCUCUACAUGGCGGAACAGACGGUGAUCGAGCACGUCAACCCGGGCCCGGGCGCGCCGAAUUCCGAUACUUAUCACAAUUUCCACUUUGAAAGCCCCUACUUCUACUACCACGCCGACGGGGCGCGGUUCACGCAGGUCUACCACGGUACCGACCCGGAGUACAGCCGGUCCAAUUUGCGGCAGAACGCGCAGUACCGGUUCCAGGUCCGCGCGGCGAAUGCGGUCGGGGUGAGCAACGUGUCGGACAUUGUGAACAUCACCCUCUGUUCGAAACCCACGCCCCCACGGAACGUCCGGAUCGUCUAUAGGACGAACACCUUGAUCAAAGUCUGGUGGGACGAGCCGCUGUCCACGGACGGGUGUCCGAUCGUCACCUACCGGGUGAAAAUCGACGACGUGCUGCAGCCGGAGUCGAUGGCCCGGACGUUUUGGAUCGACCCGGCGGUGUUGAACCAGGGCUACUUCUUCCAGGCCAAUGUGCGGACGGAGGGCGGGCCGAGUUUGUGGACGGACCCGCUGCUGAUCAUUGCGGGCGAGGCGCCGGGGCAACUGCCGAAAAAGCCGGUGAUCGUUUCCUCGGAUAAAGACCACGUGAGCUUGCGCUGGGAAGCGAUUUCUUCGAUUUCGUUAUCCGGGUUGCCGCUUCUGUUUUAUCGGAUUUACGCGCGGGAGAACAACACCAACACGUAUCUUUACAACGACACGAGCAACCCAACGGAUUUGCAGUUCACGCUGUUCGCGAACUACAGCCAGGGAAUCGCCGGCAGCGGUGUGAACGGGACUGACAUCCCCGGGACGCUGAAGACCGGCACGGAGUACUGUAUCGCGGUGGCGGCGAUGAACAACAUUUCGGCCAUGAACCCUCUGAACGACCAGCUGCCGAACUUUUCCCCCGAGCAGUGCGUGUGGACGGCGGUGGUUCCGGAUCCGCCGAUUGCCAUGGUGUUCAACCGGUUAACCUUGCAGCGGAUCAUCGUGACCUGGCCCGACCCGGCGGACAACGGCGGCGCGCCGAUCGACUACUACGAGAUUUCCAUGAAGGGGCCAACCGACUCGGCUUUCUCCGUGGUCGCGCUGAACGACUACGAGGAUAAAUCUUACUGGUUGCAAAACUGCGUGGUGGGCGCCAUCUACAGCUUCAUCAUCCGCAGCCACUCCCCGGUCGGGUACGGCGCCUCUUCCAACCAGUUCGACGUGCAGUGCGCCACUCUAACCGCGAAGCCGGACGCCCCGAAGCGGGUGUCCAGCAGCACGGAGUCGAUCGGAAUCAAGUGGGCCGCGCCGAACAACAACGGGGGGACGAUCAACAGCUACCGGCUCUUCAAGGCCUUGAGCAAGAACGGCGUGAACACCACGGCCUUUGAGCUGAUGCAAGACCGCAACGAGUUGUCGGCGAUCAUCACGCCGGUGAUCCCCGGACAAGAGUACCAGUUCAAGGUUUCGGUGUACAAUUCGGUGGGUUACAGCGAGGAGUCCGAGGUGCUCACCAUCACCGCCGCCGGGAUUCCAACGAAAGUCCGGAACGUCACUUUUGACAACAUGGGGUACGAGUCCAGCACGAACUUCAAGUGGCUGGCGCCCGCGUCGGACGGGGGAUCGCCGAUUUUCCGGUACGAAGUGUACUACGGACUGGUCGGGAUCCGGGAGCCGGUGAAUAGACUGCUUUGGACGGGCACGACGACCGAGACGGGGUUGCUGCCGUUUUCCUCCGGGGUGUGUUACCAGUUCCAGAUUUUCUCCGUCAAUGCCGUGUCCCAGGCCUUCAACGUGCGGCCCGAGGCCAGCGACACGCUGCAGUGGUGCAGCGCGAUCAAGCCGUCGCAAAUCACGUUCACCCUGAUCAAGUCCGAUGUGGGAGAAUUGACGUUCCGCUGGAACCCCCCUGUCAGCUCCGGCGGCGGCUACAUCUUCGCCUACAACAUCUACCUCUACGCGCAGGAGGGCGGGAAAGUGUCCGACUUGGACGCGCUGCGUGUAGCCACGCUGGCGUAUGAGGCAAAGGUGACCGGGUUGGCGACGAAUUUUCCGUACUUCGCGGAGAUCCGCGCGCAGACGACCGCGGGGGAGUCGCCGGCAAACCCGCUGGCGGUGGUGGUCUGCGACCCGCCGGCGACCAUUGCGAGUUUCAAAGUGGUAAGCAGAAACGCCACCAACACGCUGUUCCAGUGGACCAUGCCCACGCAGUUCACCUACUGUCCGAUUCUGGGCUACAGUUUGUUCACGGGUUUGUCGACGACCUCGUUCACGAAAAUCGGGCAGAUCGAGGGGAAGGAGACGACCAACUUCACGUACGGGCACGCGGUCCCCGGCGUCGGGCGGUACUACAAGGUGGUUGCGGACAAUUUUCAAACUAGAAAUUUUUUCCAAACCGGAACCACCAGCUCGGAGAUCCUCUUCGCCUACACGGCGGGCGCCCCCGCGCCACCGAUGAACUUGCAGCUGACCUCCAAGGACUUGACGACCGCCAGUCUGGCCUGGACGGCGCCACUCGACACCGGCGGCAGCCCGAUCACGGGGUACUACAUCCAGAGGAACGACGGCACGGAGAACGGGACGGUGUACGUCUCCGCUUUGUCCGCGAACGAAACUUUGCCCACGACCCUGACCCACACGGUAACUUCUUUAUUGACCGGCUUCACAUACAAGCUGCGAGUCGCGGCCGCCUCGGCCGUGACGACCACCAACCAGCGGGAGGACGCGUACCCGCGGUUCUCCGACCCCAUCUCCGUCGUGAUCGGGCGCGCCCCGAGCCAGAUGGACGCGCCGGUGGAGAUCCCGGACACCCGGACCGCGACCGGUUUAGGGGUGCGCUGGACGAAGCCGACGGACGUGGGCGGGCAGGUGCUGACCAAGUACCGGCUGUUCCGCGACGACGGGAUCAGCGGAAAUCCGACCAUUCUCGUCGCGGAGACCGACGUUUUCACGCUGGAAUUCACCGUGACGGGCCUAACGCCCGGCGCGCGGUUUUCCUUCGGGGUGACGGCGGAGAACGCGGCGGGAGUGUCCGUCAUGUCGCCGCUGUUGACCACCUUUGCGGGCCAAGGACCGGAGAUGCUGGUCGCCCCCAGCCGGGACACGUCGAUCCGCACCUCGGGGGUGCAGAUCAAUCUGAAGUGGGUGGCGGCGGAUAUCCGGAAGUCGAACAAGCCGGUGCUGUACUCUAAAACGCUGAAUUAGCGGCAAAGCCGGUAAUCCCUGUGAAUUCCAAAAGCCCAUGACUCUCGUGCAUCAACGCCCGCCGCCCGUGCUUCAAAAUCUUGGAGCAGAACUACUUUGCAAAUUUGGCACCCGUGCCUUGCUUCGCUUUGUCCAAAUGCAGCAAACCUGUUACGCUGCUCGUCGCCGCGGGCCUGGCUUACCUAACUUGCCUGCCCCAGGUGACAAGUCUGAAACGCAGCCACCUCAGCGCACAGUCUUCGUAGAGCAGGCGGCCGCGCCCAGGCGUCCGCUGGUGCGCCCCUCGGCGCCGACGUUUUGUCACAGAGUGAGGCCCCAGACACUCCGUUAACAAGACCUCGGGGUACCCAGAGGUUCUGUUUAUCGCGAGCUGUUUUUGCAUUUUUGGGUCUGCAGCCAAAAAUCCAAAAACAGCUCGCGAUAAACACGACCUCUGGGUACUCAUAGGUCUGGUUAACGGAGUGGCGCAGGGUCCAUUCCUGGACACAACGUCGGCCUGGGUGACGGGGAUACUGAAUCUACUUAGCACGACCUUUGGCCAUGCAAAGGUCAUGUUAAGCGGUUUUUUUUUCCCGGCAUACUCAGGGAGUCCGCGACUCAGGGGGUACUCAUUUGCCUUUGCGCUCCUGUGUCCCUAUUCACGGGUCAGCAGAACUUCGAGCCUGUUUGCAAUAUUAGCGUCCGCCCUGAAUCCCGAUUCAGGAUUCUAGGGAUCGCUUAUCGCUGAGAAAUCGCGUUAAAUGUUGGGCGGGAGAUAGUGGAAAGUUGGAUUCUCACAGAGUGGCCGGGUUUGCCGCUUAUUCCCGUACUCAGAGUACUACAAGCUGCUCCGCGACGACGGGAACUUCGGCGACUUCGUCGAGGUGGGCACGACGACCUUCUUGAACGAAACCAUUGGCUCGCUCCGCAACUCGCUCUACUACCGGUUCGUCGUUCAGGCCUACAACGAGGUCGGGUGGGGCCCUUUUUCGCCCGUGUUCCGGUCGCAGGUCUGCGGGCAGCCGCAGCACCCGGAUUCCUUCUACUUCGCGGAGUACUACGACAACGGUGUUUUGCUGCGGUUCACCAAACCGACCGACGGGGGCUGCGACACGCCGACGCUGACGAAGUACGAGAUCUACCAGAACCACCUGACCUCGGGGAACAACGUGUACGAAAAGAUUUACGAGGGCGAGCCGACGGACCUGUUUGCGAACGCCACGAACUUGAACGCGAAUGAGCAGUACCAAUUUCAAAUCCGCGUGUCGAAUUUUGACCAGUCCAGCGACGUCUGGCCGGACAAUCUAGUCCUGCUCGUCGGGGCGGUGCCGCGGAAACCGAACAACCUCUUCUUUCUCUCCGCCCCCACCGCGACCUCCUUGCAAAUCGGCUGGGUGGCGCCCGUGUCGAAGAUCCCGAUUUUGCAGUACAGGAUCUACUUCGACAACGCGGUGGACGGAGCGAUUGACACGGUCGUGGAAACCGUCGAUGGGUCCGUCUUGAACAUCACCAAAGCGGGGUUAACGGCAGGCGCGAAGUACCGGUUCCAAAUCCAGGCGAGGAACCAGAACGGCUGGGGAGAACGGUCCGGCGUUACGGAGUUCUACGCGUCGCUGUCCCCGCGCGCCCCGAACUCGGUCAGCUACUACAACAGCACGAUCGGACAAGUGUACGUGCAGUGGGAGCAGCCGGUUUUGUACAGCACAAACGACGCGCCGUUUUCCAGCUACAACAUCUUUUGGGGCAAUUUGGACACGGACGGAACAACGGUUUUGCUGGCGGAACAGUCGUACUCCACCAACGCGGCGACGAGGUACACGACGCCACCGAUUUCGCAAAUGUCGUCCCUUUUGAACAGCAACUUCACUUCGGGAACGUUGUUGCACUUCCGGGUCCAAGCGUGCACAAUCAACACGUGCGGGCCCUUCACCGACACGCUGACUCUGGUGGCCGCCGGUCUGCCGAAGCAGCCGGAUGCGCCUUCCGUGGUGAGUUUUGCCGGGAAAACGGUGAGCGAGAUCGGCGUGCCGCUGUCCUGGGCGCCGUACAGCACGCUGAGCGAGUCGGGUGCGGAAGCGUACUUGUUCGCGAUCUACUCCAGUACGAACGUGUUGAACCAGGACGACGAGAGCAGUUACACGCUGCACGGAUACACGGAAUCAAACUCUGCGAACUACAACUUCACCUGUGUCCAGGACGAGCACUACUUCGUCAAGGUAGCCGCAAUCAACGGCGCGGGCGGGAACUACUCGGCGGAAACCAGUUCGGCGUUGUACAAGCAGAAUCUCGGCCCGUUCUCCCACCCGCUACUGAUCGUCUGCACGGACCGGCCGGAGACGCCCGCCGCACCGUCCAUGUUGACAACGCAAACCAGCAUCUCCGUCGUGUUGUUCGAGCCGAACGUGACACAGUUGAAAAACGCAACACAUGUUGGUUGGGAAUUGGAAAUUGAGGAUCUCGACGAUGGUUUAACGAAAAAGUGCGUAUUCACCUACUCGGACGUGGUGCACGAGAAGUUCACACUGCCCACGACGAACACAACCACCACGACGAUCACCUUGUUUCAGCACAGUUUGGAGAAUCUGUACGCGCCAAAUUUGAGUCCGAUCUACGUUUUAGACAGUUCCUUCGUCGUGUCGAACCAAAACCCAACAGUUUUGCAAGGCUUGUCCGCAACGCAGACCGGGGGACAAACCUCCGAAGAGAGCACGACCGCAGCGAGUUACACGUUCCAGACCGAUGUCGCUGCGUCCGCGGGGAGCUACGAAAGCUACAGUGCGUACGGCUACUUGCGCCGGCUCGCGACCUACGCCGAGUUCCCGGGCACCAAUCCGGAAACGGUGUUUGACGUGUGGAAGAGGGAGAACGAGAAGGAGAAGAGACGAAUGCAGUCGAAGUUCCUGCGAAAGCGGAAGCUGUUGAGCAAGUUGGAGGUAAGAGAAUUGAUGGCACCGUACGAGGAUGAUGUUCUGGCGGAAAGCGAAAUUUCCGGCCCGACAGAGGUGGUCUUCACGUGGUCCACAGCAGCAGCCGGAUCAAGGAGGCAGCUAGUGGCCGCAGGUGAUUCAACAGCAUCGAAUGAUGUAGUAGACCUUUACGACGAGGACUCCGUCCAGCAGCUAUCCUACACCCGUCGCUUUCUCCAGUCCGUCUACAUUCACACGAGCGAGUUCGUGGUGGUCUCCGGCCACCGUUACACGGCGAAGAUCCGGCUGUGCAGCAACAUGGGCUGCAGCGACCAAUCCGCCGCGUCCGAGCCGACGUACGCUGCGGACUCGCCGAGCGCGACGGAUUCUCUGGCGAUCCUGAGCACGACAAACGAGCAGAUCGCGAUCCAGUGGGACUUCAACAACGGAACCACGAACGGCGCGCCGCUAACCGGGUUUUGCAUCUACAUUUCCCAAAUCCCGCUGUACGACCCGGAACUGGACGCAAACGGCACGGCGCUGUUCCCCGACCCCAACGCGCCGUGCUUGACCUGCGGCAAUUCGGAAAAGAUCGUUUUGAACGACCCAUUAUUUCGAAACUACACGUUUAACUGCGCCCCCAACAUUGCCUCCCCGACGUUCAACGGAUCGCAGAAUGUGUUCUUCUUCCAGGUGGCCGCGAGCAACCAGAACGGGAUCGGCCCCAGAGGGGAGGUUUUGCCGGUGCGGUGUUCGUCCGCGCCGGACCAGCCGGCGGCGCCGUUUUACAUGCAGAGUGUGUCAAAUUCGAGUCAAGUGAUCGGAUUCACAUUGCCGAACUUGUACAACGCGCGUCACGUGUCGAGUCAGAUGUACCGGCGGCAAACCACGGGCUCCGGCGCGACGGCAACUUACAGCCUGACCAGCAGCACGACGGAUUUGCUCGCGCGGACUUUCACUAGUUCGGGUUUGGUUUCCGGCGAGCAGUACGAGUACUACGUGACGAUUGCGUCCGGCACGGGGACCAGUGUUCCCUCGGCCACAACCACCAUUGCGGCGGGAGAGCUGCCCGGAAACGGCACGAUCACCUUCGUCAACGCGACAAACAGCUCCAUCACGGUGCAAAUCACCGUCCCGACGGACUACGCGACCGGGACGGGCGGGGCGAAGUUGAGUGGUUAUCGGGUGUUUGAGUCCGCGGAUGGCGUGUUCUACGAUUACACCUCUCCGAACAGCACGGUGACACUCACGGGGACGGAAACCAGUCAGCAACUGGCGAAUUUGUUCUACGUCCGAGAAGAUUGUGUUACCGGGAGUCUCUACUGGUUUUCGAUACAGAUUGUCAAUCAGGUCGGCGAGGGGCUGGUCAACGAAGGGGUCAAGUUCCGCUGCUCCGCACCCCCCGCGACGCCAGCCGCGCCAACGUUGGUGACGGCCGCGAAGGACAGUUUGGCGGUCCGGGUGGAGCGCAUCGACCCGGAUUUUCUCAACCUCGCGAAGUUUUCCAAGUACAUCUUCAGCAUUGACGACGGAGCCGGCGGGGCUUUUGAGAGCUUCGAAGUGCCGGACGACGAAACGGCGAGAACGUUCACCUUCACGAACUUGACGACCGGGUUGCUCUACAAAACGACCGUGCAGGUGUUUUCGGAUGCGCCGGGCGCGUCCGAAGUGUCCGCCGCGUCGACCUUUUACGCGGCGACGCAACCCUCGGCGCCCCUGUCGGUGUCGCAAACGAGUUCGACUUCCACUUCCAUGGUGGUGUCCUGGAACGCGCCCGCGGACAAUGGCGGAUUGCCGAUCCAGGCGUACAACGUGUACACCGCGUUCCAAGUGUACAACUACGCCGACAACACGACCAGCUACUACCCGUACCAGGGCGUGAGUCCCGCGAUUUACGGGACCACGCCCACCGCAACGGUGGCGGCGACGACCUUCACGCUGGCCGACUGCGGCAUCAGCAGCUACGGCGGGUACGUGUGGUUCAAGGUUGCGGCGUACUCGGUGAACGGGGAGGGGGAAUUCUCCGAGGGGCGGCGGUUUUUCUGCGCCCCGAAACCGGAGGCGCCGAGCCCGGUGACCUGGGAAUCGUCGACGGCGACGUCGAUCACGGUGAAUUACAAGAUGGACGCCGAGACCUACAACGUCACCGCGACCGGGUUCGCGUUGUACUACAACGACGGACUAGGCGGAACCUCGUACACGCGCGUCGCGAUCGAGUUCGACACGAACCCGAACCAGUUCACGAUCACCGGGUUGACCGCGGGGCGGCGGUACAAGGUGAAACUCGCAGUGGUCUCCUUCGUGGGGGAAGGAACGCAGUCGGCCGAAACGGAAAUCUACGCGGGACAAGCCCCGAGCGCGUUGACGGCGCCGACGCGGGUCUCUUCCAGCUUCCAACAUGUCGAGUUCCAGUGGAGCAGUCCGGGGUCGACCGUGAACGGGCUCACGACCACCGCGGUGCGCGUGUUCGCGAGCUCGGACCCCGGGCACUUCAACGCGUCCUCCGUGGUCGACUUGCCGCACGGCACCACGAGCUACCAGUUGAACUGCGAGGACGUCCCCGGCCCGCUCUGGGACUACAACGCCACGGAUUUUUUUCAAUUUUCCAACGAACCAAACGCGUCCGACUACUUCCCGUACGGCAGCGACUACAACGCGAGCCUGGCCACCGCGAUCAACCAAUCCGACGUCGAGCAGCCACUGACCAGUACCUACCUCUACACGGUCGAGUCCUCCGAGGGGCAGACGAAAACCUUCGUCAGCAAGAACUUGACCGGAACUUUGGUUUUCAUCAAGCUCCAGGUCGUGACGCUGAACGUGUUCUACGGCGAGUUCUCCGACCCGGUGUCCUUCUACUGCGCGCCGCCGCCGCUGAAACCGAUAGCCUACGAGGAAGUGGCGUCCACCACCAGUGCGCAAGUCGCGCUCGGCUGGAGCGUGCAGAACACCUACGGGGCGCGGAUCCUGCAGCACAAAGUGUACAACGGCGCCACCAACGCCCUGAUCACGACGAUCACCGCCACCACCGGGCUCGCGCCGGAGUUCGUACUGUCCACGGGCAUCGUGGCGGCCCAGACCUACCAGUUCCAGGUGGCGACGGUCACCGAGGUGGCGGAGGGGGACAAGUCGGACGUGCUGUCCAUCAUUGCGUGCAGCAGUCCGACGGUGAACACGACGUUGCCGGCGAUUGUGUCCGGGAACAAGGUUUUCAACAGCACCACAGACACCUACACGGCCGGCGUGGACGCGUACAACAUCACCUUCAACUGGCCGGCCGUGUACGAUACCGGGGGUUGCCCGGUCACCGACUACAAGUUGUAUUUGGAGCAGGAGACGGCGACGAGCGAGACGGUGCCCUACAACGACACGGACUUCUUCAACAUCACGAACACCACCUUCAACGACACCACGAACGAGACGGAGACGACGAUCACGGAACUGUCCACGACGAACCAGCUGACCACGGUGUUCGCGGGCGAGACGGAGGUGUACAUCGACGUGACCGACGAGGGCACUCUGUCCGUUUCGGACCGGCAGUUCCAGUUUGCGUCGACCCGGAUCGAGGCGUCCAAGACCUACACGUUCAGGAUAGGGACGAUCACGACCAAGACCACGCCCAACGUGACCAUCGGCCCCACGUCCGACGUGAAGGCCGCGGGGCUGCCGAACCAGAUCGCCAUCGCGCCGGUCCGGGACGCGGCGCAAAGUUCCAGCACGUCCGUGUUCCUGACGUGGACCGCGCCGGACAACCAGGGAGGCUAUCUGUUCGGGUUCACGAUGUACCGCGACGGGGCGGUCGAUACCAGCUGCGGCAUGGACAACGACCCGACGCCCCCGCUGGAGUGCCUGAUCAGCGGGCUGUCGACCGGGGCGUCGCACAGCUUUUCCGUGCAGACGCGGAACGAGAUGGGCAGCUCGCCGAUCUCGCCCGCGGCAAGUUUGGUGGUCGGCACCAACCCGGUGGCGCACAACGUGACCACAAGCGAUUCGCACUACAACCCGCCGAAGUUCACGGUGACCUGGAACGGGAUCGAGAACGGCGCCACGAUCUACAACUUCAUCAUGGUCUUCAAGGACGUGUUGACGGGCACGGAGGAAACGAAGGACCUGGGCGGCACGGCGCUGGUGCCCUUCAACCCGACGACCACCGGCGGGGACCAGUGGACCAAAAGCUUCGAGGCCGCCGACUUCAGCACGAUCACGUUCGCGGCGCAGCGGGAGUACCAGAUCAAGGUCAAGGCCAUCAACGCGUUCGGGCAGAGCGCCUUCACGGCGUACUCCGCCUCCGUGUGGACGCUAACCGAGCCGAGCACGCCCGCGAACUUCCAGAACGUGACGGACAGCAGCAACACGACGAACAAGUUGCAGUUCACGGCGGCGUCGAACACGCAGGAACGGGGCGGGGACGGCAGCAACAACGUGCAGUACAUUUUCGAGGGCGACACCACGGACGGAACCUCCGGCACGGUGCUGCACACCAUGCAGUGCGCGGGCGGGAACUGCCAAUUUCAGCACGAAAACCUGCAGACCUACGCCUUCUGGUACUACCGCAUGCGGUCAAAGAACCAGGGCUACUACUCCGCCUACACCGCGAUUCUGACCGUGCAGGUUACGUAGUGAUGGGAAAAAGUGGUGCGCCGACGUCGGGAAGGUGCGGUAAAGGAGGCGAAGGAGGAAUACGCAUACGCCGGCGCAUCACAAUAAGCAACGGGCGGGAGAACUACAAAGGGACUAGCACCAAGUCAAAUUUGUCGUGAUACUACAAAAAGAAGCAGUGACCUUGUCGAUCGACGACGGGUUGCAAGCGGUCUUGUAUGCUCGUACAAUACUUUGAAAGUGAUAAUUUAGUAGCGUUUUUUUGGAAUUCGGAUGCGAAAAUAUCAAAUUGCCUUAAACUAUCAAUCAACUAUACAAGAAAAAUGAUACAGCGCGCUGACGCUGUCGCGCAAGUUCUACCUUCUAUUUUCAAGCGAUACUCUUACUCCAAAAAUCAGAAAGAUUAGUAUGUGGUCGGAAAAAUCGUCCUCCUCCUCCUCAGAAAGAUUAGUAUGGUCGUUCGGAAAAGCAAGACGCCACAUAAACGCAAUUUUUGUGCUGUUGACAUCUUGCACUAUGCGUGUCCGAAAGUGCGUCAAUCGAUCCUGAUGAAUACUUAAAAAGAUUUUGCAACGCAUUUUGUUUCCUUAUUCGUUUCAGAUGUUUACCAGUUUGCUAUCGCUUGCACGCCUUGCGCUAAGUCGCCUAGCGGAAGUACUCAGAUUUUGUAGGAAUUUGCUUUCACAGUUCCGGGUCGUGAGAUGGAGGCCGGGGCUAUCAUUUCAGGUAUUUAUUGGACAGCGUGGAGUGUUACACUUUUGCUUGAAAAAGUAAUCGUUUACGUUUCAAAAGUCAAAGACGCAGUAU